CGUAAAUACUAAAUCCAGAGCUGUUGGGGGGAAAAAAAGUCAGAGAGCUAUUGUGCCGCUGCUUGAAUGCUUGAGACGACUGAGCCUGGAUUAUGGGAAAGGGUAAAUGAUCUCUGUUCGGUAAACUCAUCUACUGGACUAAAAACUGGAAUUCUUACGUGCUUAAGAAAUACGGAGAUUUUAAGACUGUGCGCAGACGAUCAAGACUCGAUUGGUGGGAGAAGAGUUUAUAUCGAUCGCAAAUGUUCCCUUUUCAAGCCAGUUGACAACUGGACUGUUUAGUUUUUACACAGGUUCGGCGGUGGAGGCUUAUCACUGCUUGGAGAUGACAUUGGGAAAACAGCUUCCAAAUCUGUACGCUCAAAUUUACUGCUACGCUACCCACGCAGAACUUUCUAAACAAUGGUGGUGAGGAUGAAGGUGAAGGCGACGACAACGACUGUGACAUUGAUGAGGAUGAAAAUCUAGCCGAUGAUGAUGAUGAUGAAUCCAAGACGCUGACUCUGUCUCAACUCACCCCAUCCCCCUCCCACCCUCCACAUCCCCAUCCCUGAUAGGUGGGCUUGACAUCAUGCUGCGCUUCCUAUCUCUGAAGUUCGGUCGCCUGUACCGCUGUGGCAAGUUCCUGCUGGUGGCGGGGCUGUUUGUGAUCGUGCUGAUGAACACUCAUAGCCUGCUGGCCUCCUUCCAGCGGAACGAGCUCACUGACCGGCGCUUCGUGGGCCUCAACAAGUGCCCCGCCUGCUUUGGGACCAGCUGGUGCCGCAAAUUCAUGAACGGCCAGGUGUCCUUCGAGACGUGGGGCCGCCUCCGGUUCCUCGACUUCUUUAACGUCAAGAACGUGUACUUCGCGCAGUACGGGGAGCCCCGAGAAGGAUCCCGCCGGGUUGUGCUCAAGCGCCUCGGCUCCAACCAGGAGCUGGCUGACAUCGACCAGAAGAUCUGCAAGCGGGCCACGGGCCGUCCACGCUGUGACCUCAUCCAGUCCAUGUAUAAGACGGAGUUUGCACGACUCAACGGGGAUGUGCGGCUCCUGACCCCUGAGGUGGUGGAGGGCUGGUCAGACUUGGUGCACUGCCCGUCCCAGAGACUACUAGACCGGAUUGUGAGGCGGUAUGCUGAGACCAAGGACUCCGGAAGCUUCCUUCUGAAGAACCUGAAGGACACGGAAAGGAUGCAGCUGCUCAUGACAUUAGCUUUCAACCCAGAGCCUCUGGUGCUGCAGAGUUUCCCCUCUGACGAGGGGUGGCCCUUUGCCAAGUACCUGGGCGCGUGUGGGAGGAUGGUGGCGGUGAACUACGUGGGGGAGGAGCUGUGGAGCUUCUACAACGCCCCAUGGGAGAAGCGCGUGGACCUGGCCAGACAGCUGAUGGACAUCGCAGAGCAGCUCACCAACAACGACUUUGACUUUGCCCUCUACCUACUGGACGUCAGCUUCGACAACUUUGCCGUGGGCCCUCGAGACGGCAAGGUCAUCGUGGUGGACGCAGAGAACGUCAUUGUGGCUGACAAGAGACUUAUCAAGCAAAGUAAACCAGAGAGCUACGAUGUCUGGUAUGAAAGCCGUGCGGAAGAUUGUGACAAAGAGGCCUGCCUCUCCUUCUCCAAGGACAUUCUGUGCUCCCGGGUCACCGUGGACCACAACUACUAUGCCGUUUGCCAGAACCUUCUCUCACCCCACGCCACCUGGCGCGGCACCACAGGAGGCCUGCUACACGACCCCCCGGCUGACGUGGUCAGCAACGGCCGCCUUGAGGCCCUGCUAGACGAGUGCUCCAAGCCCAGCAGACUGUACGGCCGCUUCCAGGCCGCCAAGGACCUACGCGAGCACCUCACACAGCUCACACAGCUCAACAGCGGCAGCAGCAAUAGUGUGAGGUAGUACAUGGAGGCGAGGGGUCAGGGGGGGUGUGUGUGAUGGACCAACCCUCCUCCCUCCCUCCCCCCCCCCACCCCACCCCCCCGGUUUGUCCUCAUGUCUCUCAUCUGCCUCUCAGACUGGACACAUGGAAGAGAACGAGAGAGCAAGGGAAGAGAACGAGAGAGCAAGGGAAGGUUGUGGUAGCCCCUCUGCUGUCCCAGCACACACGGUGCGGGUGCAGUGGUGAGGUGUGGGCCCCCCUCCUGCACGACUCCUCAUCAGAGUGAGGGGAAUGAAAGGAAUGUCGCCCCCUAUGCCAGUGGGUGGGAGUGGAGGCGUGGCUGUCACCAGGAUAACGGGCUGGACGCAUGUGUGUAAUGGAUGCGGGUAUCGAUAUGCUGCUGGGAUGCUGGGGCCUCAUGAUGAUGCAGGUCUAUAUGACAGAUCAGCGGGGGCAGUUUUAGUACGUCAGAAAAUCCCCCCUCCCCCCCCCCCAACACACACACACUUCACACACACACACACACUCACACACAGAGUUAGGACUGCUCCUGAACCCAAAGCCCAUUUGCUAUUUGGUGUGGUGUGAUGUAGGAAGUUUGCGACGAUGGGUGACCUCUGCAUCCAGGCUUUGCAUUCUGUCAGUUCUCUGUACCAUGCUGUGUAUGUGAUGGCAGUUUAUGAUUCAUAAGCCUCUACAUGCCCUGGCGCUCUGAAUGUCAAGGGUGCCUAAUGACGUGUGCACAGCAGAACAGCACAGAGCCCUGAGAAUCACACAGUAUGCAAGAAUGGACAUCCAGUGACUGUACCAAAGAAUAAGGCCAAUCCAUCCGAUCCACAUUUUUUUAUUUGUCAGUGACUGAUGCGGAAACACACAGGACCAGUGGCGUUUUGUGUUUAACCUCAGGCAACCCUAAUUGUCUCUGAGUUUAGAAUGUGAAUUUGCACUGCAGCGUUUAUGUUCCUGUUAGUUUUGUCCAUUGAAGCUCAUUUAGAAACCCUCAAAUAAAUGUUUUACAGGAUUUGUUUAUGUUAGGCUAUACAGGGGGAGCUAAACAAUAUAUUUCGUUCAUUACUGUUGAGCUAAGCUAAAGUCUUUGAAUUAAGUUUAUUUCUCCUUUGUUGGAUGUGAUGCUUAAACUCUGUGCAUAUUGCACUCCAUUUUUCCCACCCAGCUUAUCUCUGUUCAUUUCCCAGGGCAAGUCUGAAGGGCUUGUAUGUGAACUUCAUGGCUUUUUGUACUAUUACUUUCUUUUGAGAGUACAGCUGAGUCUGGCUUUACUGUGCCUUUCCUUCAAAAGUGGUGUUUACAACUUGUUGAAAUGAAAAUAUAAAAAAAGUACAUCUAUAUAUAUAUAUAUA